UGACAUUUGUUCUCUAUUAUACCUUGGAUCAGUCUUGUUUUCAUGUUGGAUUUUGUGUAGGUGUAUGGGAUGGUUUCACCAAGCUGAGAGCUGAGUUCUCCCCUCAGGCUGGUGGCCACACCUACUUCCUGCCCUGGCAGCGCUACUUCCUGCGAGUGGUGGAGCAGGAGCUCCAGGCUGUGUCGUCAUGCCAACUGGGUGUUCCGUACUUCGAGUGGACGGUCGACUCUGGUGAUCUUUUGACCUCAGCUGUCUGGCAGCCCGAGAUGUUUGGAGGGGACGGAGAGAGAGAGAGGAAUGGCAAGAGGGAAAGGGAUGAAGAGAGGGAUAGAGCGAGUGAGGGGGAUGGAGAGCAAGAGAGCAACUAUGUCUCAGGCUGUGUCCCCCACCACUCCUUCCAGGGCUUGUCUGCACGGUUCCACUGGUCCCCCUGUCUACGACGGAGCUUCAACACCUCGGUGUCUGUGCCUGACGCGGUGAGCGUCCAGAGGCUCCUGUCCCAGGGAAACUUCCUGUUGUUCUCCCAGGCUCUACAGGGGCUGUCUGGGCUAUUUAGGCUCUGGGUGGGGGGCCACAUGGCUUCUCCUCUGGCCGCCUAUGACCCCCUCUACCUCUCACACGCCGCUUUCAUCGACAAGCUCUGGACACACUGGCAGGACAGGCACAGAGACGUGCACACGCAUGAAGAAGCUCAUGGGCACACUCACCUACACACCAAGUACCCGGUGAGGCAGCGUCUCGUCAAGAUGAAGCCUUUCGGCAUUGCUCCUGAUGAUGUGAUGUCUUCACGGGAACAACUGUGUGUGGUGUAUGUACCCAUAACCCUCGGAGCUCCCUGCAAUGUGACAUCAUCACUCCUUGCCGAAAGAGGGAAGGGCCGCCACAGAGGAGCGAAAGACACUGCCAGCUAUCACAGAAAGAGACAAGAUACACAAAACAACCAUAAACACAGCACAUAUGAUUACAAUGCACAAGGCUAUGAUGGCUUUGACCACAGUGGUUACAAUCGCAAUGGAUAUGACAGACAAGGUUUCAACCGCAUGGGCUGGGACCUGCUUGGUUACAGUAAGGAUGGUUUGGACCGUGACCACAUCGACAGAGAGGGCUAUGACAUUUCUGGAUACAACCGCUAUGGGUUUAACCGCCACAAUGUUACAUGGUUCGGGAUGCGCUGGGAUGGAUUGUUUAUGAGGGAGGAGGAGAGAGAAGAGGAGACUCAGGGGGAGAAAGAGAAGGAGAGUAGAGAGGAGGAGGAGAGAGAAAGAGAGAAGGUUAUGUCAGAGCUCUUUAGCGACAGUGGCUACAGUGUUUAUGGUUUCGACCCCUUUGGUUUGGACCGGGGUGGUUUUGAUGCAUUUGGAUUUCGACCAGACGGUUACGAUAAGGACAGCUGUAACUGGUUCUACAACGGACCGCACUACCUACGGUUCUACUACCACACCCAACAGCAGCUAAUUUCAACCAAUCAACACACUCUUAACCACAUUACAAGAACCUGCUCUCCAAUCACAGCCUUGCCUCAGCACUGGCCUUUGCAGGAUUGGAUGGCUCUGGAUCAAGAGGAGAGCCAAGCCCUGAUUGGUCAGCUGGAGCGGGAGUGGGCGAGACAGAAGCAUUCUGAUGACUACUACACCCACAAGGUGAUGUCACAGAGGGGACAGGGCAUUUGGCUGCCAAUCACCCCAGACAGCAGGUUUUGUUUUGAACUACACUGGUUUUCCGGUUGUCCUCUUGGCUCUGCCCCCAUGACCUGCCCUGACCUCUGCCGUGAAGCACGUUGUCUUGGUAACCCGAUGGCUGAGUGUCGUUUGCGGAACUGUGGCUCCUGCUUUACUGAGUGGCUUGACCCAACCACCGGAGCGUACGUCAUCUGCCAGGGCUGGUAACCAGUGCUGACUGGCGCCCAUGUCAUUCAGCGUAGUGGAAGAUGACUAGAAAAUGCUUUUUUAUCAUGAAAAACGAAUGCAGUUCGACAUCAGAGCUUUAAUUACCAAGGCUGGUUUCCAAGUCUGGACACUUUUCUCUUUCUGGAAUACACUUUUAUGAUGGGUUGGAAUGAAAGUCUGCACACCCUGUAGCACUUCCUUUGAAUAUUUAACUAAAGUAGGAGAUAUUUAGACAUUAUGAGGUGUAAUCAAUGUACCACACUGUAUUAGAUAAAGGGAGUGAAUGUUUCUAGUGUUCUUUGUUGUUGCUUUUACUCUUCAUCUAUUAAGCUGUUUACCCACCACAUGAUAUUCACCACACACACACACACACACACACACACACACACACCCUGGCAUUUGUAAAAUGUGUCUUUGUUCUGUCAUGUUCCCUAUAGAAAUGAAAAGGUUACUUACUUUUAAAGCAAGUUCCACCUCCUCACACACACAUAUACACACAGUAGGCCGGUAUAUGUCGAAUGGGUCUCUGUUCUGUCAUGUUCCCUAUAGAAACGACCCUGUUGGAAUGUACUGUAAACAUGAUAUUAUGCCUUCAAUCUCUCUCCCUCUCUCUCUCUCUCUCUCUCUCUCUCUCUCCCCUCUCCCCCUCUAUCUCUCUCAGUCUUCUCUUCAUUUCUCUCUCCAUCCCUCACACUCUCAUUCCUACCUCUCUCUUAUCUUCUGUCUUCAUCAGUUUUUCUUUUUCUUUCCCCAUUCUCUCUGUCUACUGUCUUCGUCUCCUCUUGUUUUUUUAUGUCCAUCUUUCUUUUCUGUCAGUCUUUUCUCUCUUAAUUGUUUCUGAUGGCAUCCAGCCGACACACACACACAUACACACACACACACACACACACACACACACACACACACGCACACGCACACGCACACGCACACACACACAGUCAGUCACUCUUAUGCAGACCCAAACAUGCACUCAUUUACUCUUUGAUCUUUCUGCAUUGGCCUGCAUGCUCGGAUGAGUGGCGGAAAUGCUUCCUGGCAUUGGUGGGCAGCCUCACACACACACACACACACACACAAACUGUUGCUCUGACAAGUCAAUUGUGUGUUAAUGUACUCACCGGGGCAGUCUCUAACUCUGUACCACUGCAGGCACCUCUGUUUAUGGUUACAGCUGUAAAACAUCUCUCUCUGUGGGUGUGUGUGCGCAUGUGUGUGUGCGCAUGUGUGUGUGUGUGUGUGUGUGUGUGUGUGUGUGUGUGUGUGUGUGUGUGUGUGUGUGUGUGUGUGUGUGUGUGUGUGUGUGUGUGUGUGUGUGUGUGUGUGUGUGUGUGUGUGCGCAUGUGUGUAUGUGUGUGUGUUAUAUGAGCAGCAUGCUGUUGUUUCAUUACUAAAGAGGAAAGCCAGAUGUUCUGGAGAGAGACAGAGAGAUAGUUAGAGGGAGAGAGAGGGAGAGAGACGGAGAGAGAGAGAGAGAGAGUGAGUUGGAGGGAGAAAGAGGGAGGGAGGGAUAUCACACAGAAACACACAUUCAAAUUACCAGGGUAUUAUUUAUUCUUCGGUCUGAUUGUUUGUCAGAUGAGUACAUACGGCUGACAACUAGACACUCACCCUCCCCCCUCAGCCCACUACCCCAGUAUACCUUAAACACAUCCAACAU